GCAUUCGUUUUCAGUUGAUACCCUACGUUACCAAGUAUUGUGAGUUUGUUGAUUUGAGUGCACGCAUGAUAAAAACCAUAUGAACCGGUCUUGUUUUGUAAUAAAUUUCAAAUGUGACCGACUGCUGUAUUUGCAAUAAAAGGCCCAUUCUAUGUCCAGUUGAAAACCAUUCCCAAGAAUCGCGUAUUCAACGAAACAGUGUGGGAGUUCUGGCCUACGAGAUGUUGAAGUCUUCAUAAUCGACAAAUUAGUAAGUACCGGAAUAUUUUCUAGAAUGAGGUGGUAAUAAUAUAACUGCUAUAUUAAAACUCAACGCCUGCGUAUAUUUAUAUAGAGUGCGGAGGUAAAUACAACCAUAACGGUGUUACUUUCCUCAAUGAACGAAAAAUAUGAUAUUGAAAUAUAGAUAAGUUUGACGAAGAGUUCCCGAUUUUAAAGAUGUGUGAUAAGUAACAAAUGGCAGUCAAAGGUAUACAAAACUGAAUAUGUAGAGAAAAAAUAAGUGUGAUCAAAACGUAUAUUAUCCACUUUUCUGUAUAAUAAUACUUUCGGAACAAUAACUGUAAACAAGAGAGUUGAUCAUAUAACAUGCCCAAUUAAACUAGUUUUAGAUUUUCUAAGCUUUAGUUAUCACAAUCUCCCUUAAAUAUAUGAAAAGUUUCAACUUCACUUGUAAUUUAGUUUGCCAGAACUAAACACCACCAAACUCUUCCCUUCUAGCGUGCAUCCCUCAAAGAAUAAUACACUCUACCCCCAUCCACCUCGUUCAAUCAGACCUUAAAAAGUUAACCAACUUCUAAGCUGUAUAAGAGAUCCUGUUCAUCUUUCUGACCAGAAGCUAUGUUUACCCACUAGUGCGUUUUUAUAGAUCAUAUUGAUCACACUAAAGAAAUUUUGAAGAUGGCUAUAAGACGAGAUUUGACUUAAUCAUACCUAUAAUAUUAAUAUUAGUGUCUGUUGCUGCUUAAAAAGUUUCUUGAAGUAGUAUAGAGGUGCGUCGUCAAACAAUUUAAGAACUCUCGUUGAACGUAAUGAAGCAGUCCAAAUACUUUAGAUUUAUUUUAUUGUGAAAACAUAUAAACUCAAUGGAUAAACGACCAUUUGUGGCUAUUUUAAAUAUAAUUUUCAGCGAAAUUCCCUCGCUGCAAAUGGUGUUUUUUGAACUGCGGUUUUCGACUCACAAUCUGUGCGGAUAAAGCUCCUGUUUUUGAGAUUUCUCUCAAAACCGCCUGUUUCACUUGCUUAAAAAAUUUUAAAGGUCUACCUCUACUUAUUUCUUCUGUAAUCGUCUGCCCCGCGAUUCAUUUGAUUGGAUUAAUGAUGAUUUGGAUUGGAUGAUUUGGAUUAACCCACCUCUUCUUAAGUCCUUAAUUUUUUGCUUCUCAAUUUUCCUGUUGCUGAAUUUCACGCGGCAUUAUUUUCUAAGAAUGAUUAACUCACUCUCCCUUAGAAAAUCAACAUUCUUUGUAAAUAAUAGUUUGGAUAAUGGAUUGUUUUUCUGUUGUUCCCAAUCUUUUUUUUCAAUAUCGUGGGCUUAUUUGGCUUUAUUUAUUGACAAUGAAUUACAUCAAGGCGCACACAGUAAUUAUUGCGUGAUGACACUAUUUCGAUAAAGAAAAUUGAAGAUUCCAAUCUUUAAAUGGGAUUGAAUUGAAUUUGAAAAGGGCCGAAGAAUGAAUAUCACAAAAAAUUUCAACAAUAAUAAAGGUCGUAAGUAAGCAAAUUGUUAGAAUUCCACAUUCAGCACAAUAAAAAAAUGUUCAAAAUUUUUAAUUCUCAACCUACUAACAUAAAUAUUGUAGUUGGUUGGGAAAAAGUUUGUUUAGGUUGAUAUUCGCAAACAUCGAUAAUUACAAUAAUACAAUAGAAAUUUAGUAAUAACAUCCUGUAAAGAAAAUUUGCCAUUCAAGUAUUUUUUGCAUGCCACUGAUUUUUAUAACCAAUUCAUUGUUAUCUCUUCAUUUGUCAAAACCUGGUUUUCUUAAUUUAUGCAGAUCUUCACUCUCGGACGUAUGGAACUAAAUAAUCUCUCUUAAUCUGAAGAACAAGCUUAAGUUUAUCGCAAAAUGAAUGUUCAAAAUCUGGUACUAAAGUGGAAUGACCAAAUUAUAAUGUACGCUGUUCAAGCUGAAGAGAUAUCUUUAUAUUUAUUUUUAAAAAUCAGGACAGGUUUUGAAUUUAUUGUCAUUUUUCCACUUAUGUAUCCAUUUAAAGCUACAAUGAAUGCAAUUCUUAGACAAGUUGAAAUUGUUUUAUUUUUUAAUAAAUAUACAGGGUCCCGAAAUUCGACUGCCAAGGCAAAUGAUGAAAAACAUCAUUUUUUGAUCGCUCUUGUGAUUAUUUAGAAAAUUACAAAACAGUUUCUUCCGAAUCAACUUACAUCGAUAGGUUAAUGGUGUCCUACAAAAUGAUAUUUGUUCGUUAAACUAUACGUUUUCUUUGAAAAAGUUGGCAUCUACUACGCUAAAACGGUUUUCCAGAACUUAUUAAUAAACACUAAUGCCAUUUAGAUGAUAAUUUUUCAAAUAAAUCAUGCAGAAUGAAAAUGUUACAUUCAAUUAACACAUCUUUAACAAAAAAUAGGUUAAACAAAAUAAAUUAAAGAAACUACUCAAAUUGUCCACUUUUUUCGUUUAUACAAGCUCCAAUUUUUCACAGCAUUGAUAACGCGUAUUAGAAAUUUUGUUGCUUGUAAACGACCAACAAGAUCUUCCUCAUUUUCUACCGAACUCUGAUAGACGAGAGACUUCAUAUGCCUCCACUUAAAAAAAAAACAAGGGGAGUAAGAUGCGGACAUCUAACUGGCUAACCAAUUGGCCCACCUAGACCUAUCCAGCUCUAAACAUAAGUGGCAUUUAAAUGGAGUCGUACAUUUGCUGAAAAAUGUACAGAAGCUCCAUCAUGCUGAAGUAUCAUCUUUUGUCCUAUAAGAAUGUCAAAUAAAUGAAAUAAAUUUCUCCGUUUAAGUUUUGAGGAAACAUGUAUGGUCCUAUUAUUUAAUCGUCUACUAUUCCAGACCAUAAAUUUACAAAAAAUUUUCGCUGAUGGGUAAAAGUGGCAUACGGAUUUUCAUUCGCUCAUUCAUGACUCUUUCGGGAAUUAAAUAUGCCUUCUAUCGUAAACAUUGCCUCAUUGGUAAAUAAUAUUAAUUUAGAAAAUUAUCAUUAUCCAUGUAGUUGAAGAUACCAAUUAGAAAAUUCUGUAACAUUCUGUAAAAUAACUGUUCAUUUGCAACUUUCCAUACAGAGUUCCUAUUUGUAUACAAUCUGUGACUGAGGGAUUUCAUACUUAAAGAUGGUUAAUUCUCUAUUACUCAAAACGUUGUUUUCAAAAUGAACUGUACUGCUAGUUCAAAGUCGUCCGUCGUUAUUCCUUUUAAUAUUUAAACUUUCUAUUUCUCUUAAUCUUCUAUCAAUACUGGCAAAAAUUGAACGGAUGAUGUCUAUGAGGCGACCUUUCUCUAUAUAGUCUUUCCGCCAAUCUCGAAUGUAGUCGACCUUUGUAUAUUUUUUUAUUAAUUUAUCUUUUAAUGCACACUUUCACAUUAACGUUACUUAAAUCAAACUUAAACAAUUUCAUUUUAACAAUAAGACGGUUGUUUCGAAAACCUCCUAAUAUUCUAAGUCAAAGUAAAGUUGAAUGUCUAAGACACCCAAUGUUUUCCAAAACGUACGGUUGUUAAUGCUGCGAAAGGUCAGGGCGUGUUCAAAUGAAGGAGCUAGAAAAUUUGGGGUGUCAAGUAAUAUAUGAUUUCGAAACUGCUUUUGAUUGAAAGUGCUGAAAGGUAAUAUCCUCAUUUCAUUUCAUUUUUUCAUGUGGUUUUUUUGUCAUAGAGUUAAUAUAUUUCAUUUCGUUUCGUAUACCAAAAAUGUAGAAUUAGUAAAAUUAUCAAAAUAAUGAGUGUACUAGUGACGCUGAAUGAUUUUUUUACUGAAACCAUGUCAAACAGCAAGUAAGUCAAUAAUUACAUUUUAAUCCAAGCAAUUUGGAAAAAACUGACUCUAUCUCUAUCAAAAACGAUGCUAGGGAAGUAGCUGCUCCAUACAAAAACUUAAGUUUAAGAUGAUAAUAUGGAUCAAGAAUUGAAGAUGAACCGGUUCGAGGAUAAAAGUUUUGUGAAUAAUUGCGCAGGUUUAUUUAUAACAUUUGUUUUUUUGAUGAAAGUAUCUUUAUAGUGAAGCCAAUAUACAUAAUUGGCGGUAUUGGAAUCAUACCGACCCACACGUUUUCACAGAAGGUCAUACAGAAACGCCCAAAAAGUAAAUUUUUAAGCAGGAUAGAAUACCUAGUCUUUCUAGAUAAUUGAUAGGGGGUUUAUAAAAUGACCAGAUAGGUGGCCGAUUUGAUUUUGUAUGGAUUUUUAUGUGGCGCUAGUACCUCUACAAGAAUUUAGAGAGAAAAAUACUUAUUAUUCAACACAGAUGGUUCUAUUUAGUGGGGUGAAAAAUUUAUACUAUGAAAAUUUAGCCUUGUCAACAUUUUUCCAAAUUUGAACAUAAUUCAAGAUAUUGGGGAGUUUCUAGUUUUACUUAUAACAUCUUGAAUGUUUACGUAAAAAAUUACAGGUUUCUCCCUUAAAUAGCUGCAUAAAAAUUUCAGAAAUGUUUCCUGUUUGUUUAUUAUAAAUCGAUAAUUAAAUCAAAUACCUGUCUAUAAACAAUAAAAAAAUAAGGUAGGCAGUAUGUAAAGAUAAAACGGAGUAAUAGUAUGAAUAAAACCGUAGGCAGAGUCGCCUGUCGACAAAUUGAACUAAAUGUAAUCAUGAACUCAAAUAUAAAAUAUUAUUAUUCUUAUUUAAUUUGAGUUUAUUUAGAAUUUAUUCUAAUGAACCACGUACAUUUCACACAUUUGCAUGACUUAUCUACGGGGAAAUAUCAAUUUCAUGAUAAAUAAUAGGUGCAAUAUCAAAAAAUUGUGUAGGUCAAGUGGAUAAGUCUAAAAUGUGUCGACAGUUAGAAUAGAUUAAGUUAUAAACAAUAAUGUGCAUUGGUGAUGAUGAUCUCUUUUACAUCGCAUUCCUAUGUUUCACCAAAUGUACAAAAAAUCCAUAAUUCUACCUGAAAAUUGAAUCUCAGAAUAUAUCGAAAAGGUAUCUUCAAAAGAAACAGUCUUUAAAUAAUUAAAUAGUAUAAUCUCUUUACGGAUUGCUGUAAAAAUAAGAAUGGAUUUCUCUAGCUUUGUGUAGUCCCCUAAAAUAUAAUUUAAUCAAUGAGAAUCAACUAUCAAGUUUAAAGGUUAAGUUUUCGAUGUCCCCAAGUGCUUCCUUUGUCUUUUUUAUUUUGCUGGUUUUUUUCUUUUUUUUUCCUGUUUCGAGACUUGAGAUGUUGACUGCCAAGACAAUUUAAAUACAAAGUAUAGGAAAUAUAGGCUUUUUAAAAAAGUUUUUUUGUAGUUGACGGUCAACGUGUUAAACAUGUGUUUUAGCUUAGUGAUUGUUUCAAAACUAAUAAUUAAGUCGAAGUAAGUUUGUGUAUUCGUUUGUGUCUUCGUGUGUCUUGUGUUUGUAACAACGAGGAUGUAUUUCCAACUUAUCAAAAAGGAGUUCAAAAAUAUGAAUAAAAAGUUAUGUGUUUUAAACGACUCGAAUAGAAUAGAAUAAGUAACCGAAAUGCGACUAUUCAAACGACGGAGCUCUGAUCCGAACCCACAGCUAGAACAUUUAUCGACUCUUUCUGAAAACUGUAUCGAUCAUGGAGAAGAAGCUUCAAAAUCAUAUCUUUCCGCUUGGGGAAGAACUUGGGACAAGCUUAAACGCGGCGACUCUUCCGAACAAUUACCUUCUACUACAAAUAGAAGAAAAAUGUGGUAUCCUCUCAAAAAACAUGAUAGUACAUCCUCGAGCACAUCUAAGUUUGGAGAUGAAAAAUUCGAAUUGAAACUGUCGCAAAACGAUUUAAGAAAAAUAUAUGAUAUGUAUCGAAAUAUGAACGAUAAAGACAGAUGUGAAAGAAUAAUAAAAAGUAAAAGAAAAGCUAGAUGUAUAUCGGAUAAUUUAGAACUUAGUCAACAGCAGCUACUAGAUUAUUUAAUUCUCAUGAAACCUGAAGCUCAUGAACUUGAUAGAAUAUUCAGUGAAAUAUCCGAAGAGCCCCCGAGACAAGAAUCAAAAAGAUUACUAAUGGUUUCGGAAGAGAGAAAGACUAGAACAUCUAGAAUUAGAUCAAUAUUCUCGAGAGCUUCCAGCAAAUCUGACGAUGAAUGUGAUUUACGACUACAUCCUAAGAACUCAUCUACAGAUAGUCUCACCAGUCUGAUUAAUUUUAUAAUGCCCAGUAGAAAAUAUACUUCCAAUAGCUCUCCAAAGUUACCAAAUAAAAUUAAAUCAGAUGAAAGUGGAUAUGGAAGUGAUUCUACGAAGACAAUGACCAGUAUCGAUUCGCCUAUAGGAUCUUUAAAAUCUCAAAAUAGUGAAGUAUCCACUGAUAUUACUGAAGAGAAUUCCACAGCUGCUACUAGUGACUUUUAUUAUGACGAUACUGAUACAGCUGAAGAAGAUAAUAAUGACCAUGAAAUGACAAUAACAAAUUUCUUUAAAAAACAAUCCAAAAAGAGAUCUCGUUCUCAAAGUCAAGAUAAUGACUCAUUGUCACGACGAAAAUCAUUUAAAUUCAAAAAAUCGCCCGUAAAAAGUAAAGAAAAACUCAAAAUGUCUAUAGAAGAUUUAAGUCAAAAUUAUUGUGAUAAAUUAAAAAUAAGUGCUGAAAACAUAGAAAUGAGAUCUAAAAAGAGACCAUGCUCAAGCACAGGUCAUUUGGAGAAGGAUUAUAAAUGUGUUAAUCUAAAAGUUGGGAGAAACGAACAUUUGGGCAUUAAAAUAGGACCAAAUUAUGGAAGAGAUUCCAUAAUAAGCUAUAGCAUUACUGAUAUACUACCAAACUCCGUUGCACAAAGGAAUGGAGUUCUAAAAGUAGGAGAUCAAGUAGUGAAAUUGAAUGAUCAUCAAUUAAAAGGUUGUCCUAUAUCUGUAGCUAAGAGUUAUUUGCAAACAAGAAAUGGGGAAUUUCAAAUAACGAUAUGUAGAACGUACCCUCAACAGUCAGUUAAACCGAUCAUUAAAAAGAAACCACCAGUGUCAAAUUUAAAGGAAAGCAUUGCCUUUAAAAUGGAUAACGUACCGACCAUAAAAAUACCUUUACUUAGCCCAACAAGAAAUACUUUUAAUAUUAAAAUGGACAUGUCAAAUACUAACACCUCAAAAUGUAGUCUUUCGUCGGUGUUAAAUAUGGAUAGCUGUCCAGCCAAAAAAUACGUUGGAUUAUCUGAUAUACUUGAUAAUAAAAAUGAUGACAUAGAAACUAAAGUUUCCUUUAGCGAAAAGCCGAGGACAGACGAUGAUAUUUUCAAGAAACCUUCAGACAGAAGAAAUAAGCAACUCGAUCAAGAUUCCAUCACAGGAAUGAGAAAAUUUUCCAUCUCAACGGAUUUGUGUACUAGAAAAUCGAGUACAACGGUGGAAAGUAGUAGAAUGGAAAAGUAUCUCCCCGGUUACAAAACGGUUGAAUUUCAUAAAGGCCCAGGAUGCAAAUCACUUGGUUUUUCUAUUGUUGGAGGCAAAGAUUCGCCAAGGGGGCCUAUGGGAAUAUAUGUGAAGACAAUUUUUCAACUUGGUCAAGCUGCUGAUUCUGGAAUAUUGAAAGAAGGUGACGAAAUAAUUUCAGUGAAUGGUACUUCCUUUCGUGAAUUAUCCCACCGUGAUGCCGUAAGUUUCUUUAAAAGCAUCAAAUGUGGAAAAGUCGAAAUGGAGCUAGUUGCGCGACAGAACCACAAUAAAUUUUCAAGUUCUUUGUGAAUUUUUAUUACAAACAUCUGGUUGGAAUUUAUAUCAUUUUAAAGGACAAUAUUUCACUUUUUAUUUUUUUAGUAUUUGCAUUUGCGGUCAACUCUAAUGUAUAGAUAGGUGAACGACAGUGAAAUUUUUUUCUUUAAAUAAAAAUACGUAAGGGAUAUUUUCGUCAUUUAGUUUUUGUUUAUAGAGAGAAUCAAACUAGUGAAGAUACUCUAAAAUGAUAUAAGUUAAUCAUUUCUGACGAAGUGCCAUAUAAUUUGGAAAAUCUAAUCUAAAAUACCAAAAAUAAUACAAAAAACUUAAUAAAUUUGUAAUUAAAAUGAAAACCGACUAGUUUAUAUUUUGAAAGGUUAACGCAACUUUUUGAUACAGAAAUUUUUAAUAAAAAUGAUUUCCCCAAAUUUUCAAAAUACUGAUUGGAUUGAAUAAUUUUGUCACUAUAAUCCAUGCAGCAAAAAAUUAAUAUUUAAGUUCUGCCAUAAUUUUAGUAAUAAACACUUUGUAGUUGGUUAAUAAUGAAACUAAUAAAACAUAAUUCAAUUAUAGAUUUUAAUAUUUAUUAAAAAUUAUGCAUUUUCUGGUAUAAAAUUAAUAUAAAAUCACUAUUUAAGAAAUUGAAACAAUUAUUAAAUUUUUUAAAAACAUCAUUGGGGUAACCACAUAUUAAAACGUGACAUAAUUUGGCGAGGGAUUAAACUUUUGCUACCUUAAAAAAUCAAAUGUAGCCUUUGAACAAAAUAUAAGGUGAUCUUAUUUAACAAAAUGUAUAUACUCACUAAUUCGAAAAAAUCGAUCAUUUAAACAGAAAUUGUUCAAUAUUAACAUUAACUGUUAAUUCUUGAUGUUAUUGUCCUUCUUGGUACGAAAUUACGAAUAGUGUUGAGGGUUGAAGACUCGAUAUAAAACUAUCUAAGGGUUUUUAAAUUGCCGAUGUUUCGAUCCUUCAUUUGAUCUUAAUCAAGGCUCAAAAUAUAAGGUACAUUAUAACUCAAACAUUAAGGAAUUGAGAAAUUUGAAUUGUGAAUUAAAAAUCUUUUGACUAACCUCUAAAAGGCAUUUAUUUAUAUUUAUUUAUGUAUGAGUAUAAGUUUCUCUAAAUGAUUCUUUUUCUACUUAUUCUUCUGUUUAUACAAAAAUGUUAAUUGUCUUGGUUAUAUAGUUUAUCUAAAUUUUUGUCUCUUAUCCAAUGUUAUUUAUAUUGUUACACUGAAAUAUUCUGAUUAUUGUUUUACUUUUUAAUUCACAAUUUAAAUUAUUUGUUUAUCUUCCUCAAUGUUUGAGUUAUAAUGUACCUUAUAUUUUUAGCAUUGAUAAAGAUGAAAUAAAGGAUCGAAACGUUGGCAAUUAAAAAAUUGUUUCAUUUCGAUUCCUCAAACCACAACAUCCUCCGUAAUUAUCUGUUGAUUUAGAACGAAAUUGAGGAUAACAAAUUUGCAGCUUUUCAACUUUCUAAUUUCUUUAUUAGUAGUAAAUCAUUCAUCACAAAUUUAGUUAUAAGACUGAUAUUAUGUUAUUAUGGAAAUUAAAUGUAAAUAUUAAUAAUUUUAAGUUUGGUGCUAUUAAAUGGCAACUAAUGUGCAAUUAUUCAAUAACUUUAUACGUACAUUAUUUAUUCAAGACAAAAAUUUGGUGCAGUUAUGAACAGUUUUAUGCAGAGCAAUAUGAUUAAUGAACUUUCUAUCAACUACAUUCUAAACUUAUAAUUAUAAUUAAAUUAAAAUUUCUAUUAUACUUUUUCAAUUCAAGAAAUUAAAUUGUUUGCACUUUUCUGCAGAAUUAAAUGCUUCUUAAUUUUUUAUUCUAAAUAAAUAUAAUAUUAAUUGUAAAUCCAAAUUUGUUUACUUAGUACCUAAAACAAGAUUUUAGGGGUAAAUAAGUUGUAAUUGAAAAAAAAUGGGGUGCUUCAUCAAGUGAUUCUAAAUGAACAAUUCCGUAUUCACUCGGCUGAAGUAUAUUAAAUGUUUUAAUUCCAAGAACGUAUCAUUUCUUUUACAAUUCGGCAACUUUUUCCAAAUAAAACUUGUCUUCAUUUAUAUUUCAAAAUUAUUACCAAGCCUUCUUAUUUGCUUUUCUCAACAUGAAAUUUUCUUUUUUUGGUUCAUCAAUGACCUAACUAAAAUAGUAGUUCGAUUUCAUAACAUAUGGUAUACCCAUUAUUUACUACCAAUACAACACUCACAAUACUACAGUCUACGCGGGAUUCGAUUACCAAGAUCAAAGGGAAAAGUUAAACUUUGGUGUCUGAAGAUAAUUACUUGGUUAUAAAAAUGCACGUCGCGUGUAAUUAUGUUGGUGCAGUGGUGUAAAGAGUUUGAAUAUUACCAAAGAAUUCAGAAAUUCUAAGUUAACUGCAGACUGCUUGUUUGUAGUAUAUCAAUUUGAAUUAAGAUAUGGCAUUUAUUUUUAGUUUUCUGAACCAAGAUUUUUAAAUGAAAAAUUAUAAUUGAAGCUUCAGUAGUUAACAAAUAUUGUAAUAUUUAGUAAGAAGAGUACUGCAUAAGACUGGUAAUAAGUGCCAACUGUCAUGUGUAUUCAGAAAGUAGAAUUAAUUAGAUGUGCAUUUUUCAAUUCAUAUAAUUAUUUUGUUAGACAUAUAUAAACUUUAGUGGCUUAGAUUUUAAAUGAAAUAGAGUAUAUUUAUGUGAUAGUUUCAAAGUUACAAUAAUUUUGAGCAUUCUGGUAUUUCUAAAAUGCUAAUUGAAACUUAAAUGAUGGAAAAUGAAGUCCCAACUUAAAAAUUAAAAUUCAGAAAAACCUCCAUGACAUAUCCUGGAGAGCUACGAAGUAAUGCAUUUAGACAUCGUGGGCUAUAUUAUACAAUGUGUAUCAUUAAUAUCACAUAAUUUUGAAAGAACAUUUCUGGUCUAUUCUAAAUUGGCUGUUUGAAAAUGAUAAAAGCAAGUUUUGUUUUCCGUCAUUUAAGUAUUGUUUCAGAAAUUAAUUUUUAAUUUGUUAUUUAUUAGGCAUUCAUAUAAUGCGAGUCAUAUUAUCAAUAAUUGGAACAAAUAUAGUUUUUGACUUUACUUGGGAAAUAUACUUGUUUGAUUCAAUUUUAUUUACUGUUUUCAGUUUUCAUGACAGUUGAUUUAUAAGAGUGUUGUUUUAGUAUAGUGCGUAUUUUUAUGUUUAUGAUUUUGUACAGUUUUAUAAAAUAUUGUUACCAACUAAUAAAAUAAUGAUAUAUUAUGAGGUUAUUUUUUAUAUAAAACAUUGAAUUAAAAAACACUAACAA